AUGAAACUCCCAGCUCUAUCUCUCCUCCUCUCAGGAGUCCUUGCUAUACAGAGUCCCCCUCCGUUGAAUAAUGCGAAUCACAUCUUCAACGCAAUCCAUAGCUCGACGCGCCAGUGGGGUGCCUCAAUCCACCAUAACGGCAUGUCAUUCUUCCUCGCGACCGUCCCUGCUGGCGUGCGGCUCUAUCACGGAAACGCAGACCCAACCCCUAUUCGAGAUAUAGGAUGGAUGGCGCUUGAGCCGGAGCAUGCUAUGGUGUUUGCACGCCCUCGCCCUCACCGUCCCCGAGACGGCCCACCGCCGGAUCCGAGCCAGAACGUACUGCAACAGGGGGCAUUGAGUGAAGGCGCGGAGCGUGAGACCGAGACUGGCUGGCUUCACACGUACGAUACUACCCGGGAGCUUCGGCUGCUGUACAUUGAUGGGACUUCUGCGGGAAAGUCUAAGAUUGGGACGCUUGAUCUGCAGGAUCGGGUCCUUUUCAAUGAUACCUUUGAUGGGGGUGUCAGCAUGGAGGAUGAGCGUGCAAGAAAAGUCUGUGAGCUGGCCAGGACAGAAUGGAAUGGUCGCCUUGAUGGGGCGAUUCGGAUGGCCGCUGGCUUUGAGAUUAUCCUCUGUCGCCCCGACAACACCUUGGGCACUGUCAAGAUCAUGCCUGUCCGCAGGCAAGAGAACGGCAACAGCAACGGGCCAGGAAAGUCCAGCGAGCUUCUUCGAGCGAUAACCUCGCGCUUCAACGGCAUCGGCGGCGACAGAGUACGCGUAUACUACGACCAUUUCGUAUCGGCCUACACCUUUGAUCUCAAUCUAUGGCCUGAUAACAGCUCUGGUCCUCGGAUGCAGCACCUUUCGGUAAAUGAUCUAUCGCCCAUAAGUGAUGAUCUAACCCGCCUCAUCAUGGACCAUGAGCCCGACAUCGCCGGCUCAGUCAACUGGCAAUCUGUCGCUGAUCUCAUCGUGGCGCGGUAUGGCCGCUUCUUGCAGGGGCUCGUUCACAGGAAGCCCCAUGCUCAUCGCAAAGAGCACGACGACGAGCCGCAAAUGAAAUCUCCUCAGGCGCAGAUCUCUGAUCUAAUGGCGGGAUUCGGAAACGACCCUAAGGAAUCGACUGCGCUAUGCUCAACGCAGUUCCUCUCCGUCCCAACCGACAGCUCACCACUCGCCCAUCAGGCACUGUACACCAUAAGUCACCAGAUCUGCUCGACCCUUGUAUCACUACGAUCCCAAACGGAUGAUGAAACAGUCCGUGAUACCGUGCACCAGCUAAUGGGUUAUCUCGACUGGACUGUCUGGAAGGAGUGCCGCGCGUGCCGGGGUGAUGAGUUCUGUGCUAUUCCCAUCUGGCCACGGGGCUCGAAGAAGGACUUUGAGAAGCCCAAGUGUCGGAAGCUUGAGGAAGGGUGGGGAAGGGUGAAUGAUUACUGGGGUGAGAUUUGGCAUUAG